GCCCACUCCCCUUCUCUCCACCCCAACCCUUCCUCCCUUCUCCAUCCUUCUUACCUGCCCAUUCACCUGCAGUUGCAGGCCAGGUAAGUCCUUGCUUCAGCAGGCCACGUCAGGGACCUGCGGUGCAUGACCAUACUUACUCGCUCGCAGACAGCAGCGAUGGAUCAGAAAGCAGGCAAGACGGACGAGGCCUACGAGGCACGGUUGGCGGCCAUCAUGGCCGAAACCAAGCAGCGAGCAGACGCAGCGGCAGCAGCACGGAAGAAGAAAGAACCAGAGGCAGAGAGACUACGUCUUCUGGCUGAAGAACAACGGCAGAAGCACGCGGCAGCAGCAGCCAAGGCCGCUGAUGAAGAAUGCGUACGACGACGCGAGAUUAUAUUCCGGGAGGAAAGUGCAUUACACGCACAGGCCAAGGAUUGGCAGAAAGAGGCCGAGAACGGCGAUCCCGUUGACGUCGGGAGCAGAGUAUCUCAGCUGCUCAACCGUGUCACGGACCUCCUCGCGACUUGCAUCGGACAGCAAGAGGACAUCUACUCCCUCGACCACGCUAACAAGGUGCUGCAACAGUCGUCGGACCAGAUGCUCAAGCGCAUUCAGCAGCUGGAGCAGCAGGUCGCUAACGCCAAUGCCAGCGUCGGCCCCUCCGACCUCGCCGACUGCGUCAACGUGGACACUCAAGGCCGGGGCGCAACAGCACGUCUGCGCUGCAGCCGGCUCCAACACUCUAGCCAAGGCAAUGGAGACCUUCAAAGUAGCCUCAGAAAUGAGGAUCAACUGGGGGAAAACAAUUGGAUGGUGGAUCUCCGAAGAUGAGCCCCUCUCACUCCAAGGAGAUGAGGCGGCCAUGAUGUGGCAGACACCUGACGCUCCUACUCGAUAUCUAGGCAUUCUAAUGACGAGAGAUGGGCUGGCGCCUCAAAUGGGCCCCGCUGUGCUGACAAAACAGAUCAAUAAGAUAGGGAGAUGGGGUAACGCAUUCACGUCUCUCAUUGGCCGAGCGCUGGUCCUCAAUACAUCAAUCUUCUCAAUGAUGUGGUACAUAUCUUCCAUUUGGACAGUCCCUGACAGCUCCGUCAAGGAACUGAACCGAAGAGCUAGACUUUACCUUUGGACAGGCGAUCCUAACAAAGAUAAAUGUAUAUCUAAGAUAGCAUGGCACUACGUCACAAGGAGGCCACGGAACGGAGGCCUAGGAAUUAUUGACCCAGGAACCGAAACCAAAGCCUUGCAAAUCAAAUGGAUCAUCAAAUUAUUGAUGAAACCGGAACGUGCCUGGAACAAAUUGGCAUUAGACAG